AUGUCGUCGAGUGCAUAUCAACAACCAAAUGCUCCCGAUUCGCCCGCGGAUGAUUCGGACUCAGACCUCGAUCUCGACCUCCAGGAGCUUGACCCCAUUACCACAGCCAGUCCCUCGUCCCGCAAAGACCAUCCCAAGGAAGAGCGCAGGACCGGUCACAUACCUAUACCCUUACGGAAUCUGCGUAUGAGUGGGCUGCGAGGGGCCGGGAAACGCAAUCGAGGCUACGGGGACUUGGGACGGGACAGAGAUGCGAAUACAGAGGACCUGCACGGCCUGCUGAACGAAAGCCCGGAUCUGGAUGGAGCAAACAGACUAUCAGCCGGCAGCUCGCGCUCUGCUGAGGAUGAUGCACCGCUCUUGCCCGGGCCCAAGGGCAGCCAUAGACGGCAGCCGAGUUUGGAUGCCCUCAACAAGCUAGGCUCACACAUCCGCCUCCCCAGCUUCCUCUCGAACGCGGGCUCUCAAUCACCCCCAGAAAACAAUGAUACGGAAGAAGAGGAACACGAUCCGGCAUCUUCACGGACAGUCUUUGUCGGUACCGCUCAAUCCGCGCGUUUUACGCCUAAUGCCAUCUCCAAUGCGAAAUAUACCCCCAUCAGUUUCUUGCCGCGCACUUUGUAUAACGAGUUCUCUUUCUUCUUCAAUAUGUACUUUCUGCUCGUGGCGCUUUCGCAGGCUAUUCCAGCGCUGAGGAUAGGAUACCUAUCGACGUAUAUUGUGCCGCUGGUAUUUGUUAUGUCGAUUACACUGGGUAAGGAGGCACUCGAUGAUAUUGGACGGAGAAAGAGGGAUGCGGAAGCCAACUCCGAAGGUUACACGGUAUUGUGCUUCGAUGAGCCCGGGGUGGGGAAUAAGGAUCGCUAUCGGGCGAAGAAGUCGAAGAAGGCGAAUUUGAAGUCUAGAGGUCGAUCGCUCGUCGAACGGGACAGGCUGUCCGAUAUCCAGGAGGAAGAAGAGAAUGGGGAAGGCCCGAGAGACCGCCACUUGCCGUCCUCGGAGGUGCGGGAAGUGAUCAAGAAGUCGAGGGAUUUGAAGGUUGGUGAUGUGUUGAAGAUGGGCAAGGAUCAGCGACUACCGGCGGAUGUGGUUAUCUUGAAAAGUUUCAUGAAUGAGGCUGUAGUAGUCGAAGAUGGCCUGCCUGCGGCUCCUGAAUCACUGCUUGUAUCGCCGGUAUCAGACCCGGCAAUUGAGCAGACCAGCGCCACUACAGCUGAUGCUCGCGAGUCAACAUCAGAACUGGGAAAUACCCCUUCUGCUGAUGCGGGAGGUGUUGGAGAAACAUUCAUCAGAACCGAUCAGCUUGAUGGAGAAACCGAUUGGAAGCUUCGAUUGGGAUCUCCUCUCACUCAGUCGCUGGACCCGGCUGAAUUCGUACGGCUCCGGGUUGUGGCUAGCAAGCCAGACAGGAAAGUUAACGAAUUCAUUGGUACAGUCCAACUACUUCCCAAAGACAGAGGAGGCUAUGAUCCGUACCUUCCGAGAUCAUCCCCCAUGGGCAAUGAGAUCGUGAACUCCACCUCGGCUCCUCUAACAAUUGACAAUACAGCGUGGUGCAACACCGUGCUAGCAUCAAACGCCACAACACUAGCUGUCGUCGUCUACACUGGACGCGAAACUAGAUCCGCUCUUUCAACUUCUCAAUCCCGCUCGAAAACAGGUCUCCUCGAGUAUGAGAUAAACUCGCUCACCAAGAUUCUGUGUGGUUUAACUCUCUCGCUUUCCAUCAUCCUGGUGGCGUUGGAAGGAUUCGAGCAUGUCGACGGCGUCAAGUGGUAUGUCAAGAUCAUGAGGUUCUUGGUUCUUUUUUCGACAAUCGUCCCUAUCAGUCUUCGUGUAAACUUAGAUAUGGGCAAGAGUGUCUACUCAAGGUUCAUCCAACGGGAUGCCGGAAUUGAAGGUGCUGUCGUCAGAACCAGUACUAUCCCUGAAGAGCUGGGUCGUAUCGAGUACCUGCUAAGCGACAAGACUGGUACACUGACACAGAACGAGAUGGAGAUGAAGAAAAUCCAUGUUGGAACUGUUUCCUACGCCAAUGAAGCUAUGGACGAGGUGACGGCAUACAUCAAGCAGGGCUUUUCGGUUCCCGUUUCCGCGGAUCCAAAUAACCCUGCAUUGCUCAUCACACCCUCAUCUACCUUCAUGGCCUCAACGACUGCCACAGCCACUCGAACGCGCAGAGAGAUCGGAUCCCGAGUCAGAGACGUUGUUCUGGCUUUGGCUAUAUGCCACAGUGUCACCCCGACUGUUGAAGAGGACGAGGCAGGCGAACAAUUUACCUCUUACCAAGCCUCCUCGCCUGAUGAAAUUGCAAUCGUAAAGUGGACUGAAAUGGUUGGUCUUCGCUUGAUUCAUCGGGAUCGGAAGGGGAUGCUCCUCCAGUCUGUGGACACUGGACGUCCUGUCGUCAGAGUCCGAAUCCUCGAGGCAUUCCCUUUCACAUCCGAAGGCAAGAGAAUGGGCAUUAUUGUCCAGUUCAUGGAUGGAUCGGAGAAACCAGGCAACGUCGACCCUGAAGCUGGUGAGAUUUGGUUCUACCAAAAGGGUGCUGAUACCGUUAUGACUUCCAUCGUCGCUGCAAAUGAUUGGCUUGACGAAGAGACUGGUAAUAUGGCCCGGGAAGGGCUGCGGACACUUGUCGUUGGCCGAAAGCGCUUGUCGGUUCAACAGUACAAAGAGUUUGCUACCAACUUUAGGGACGCUUCCGUUGCCAUCAACGGACGUGAUGCAGGCAUGGCCCGAGUUGUCGCCCACUACCUUGAACGAGACCUCGAGCUUCUUGGCGUCACGGGUGUCGAGGAUAAACUCCAAAAAGACGUCAAGCCCUCGCUGGAAUUACUUCGCAACGCCGGCAUUAAAAUUUGGAUGCUCACGGGUGACAAGGUCGAAACUGCCCGCUGCGUUGCUGUCUCUGCCAAGCUCGUCGCCCGUGGCCAAUACAUCCACACAAUCACCAAGCUCAAACGCAAAGACAACGCGCAGGACCAGCUUGACUUUCUACGCGGUAAAACCGACUCCGCCCUUCUCAUCGACGGCGAAUCCAUUUCCCUCCUCCUCACUCACUUCCGCACCGACUUCAUCUCAAUCGCCGUGCUCCUCCCCGCUGUCAUCGCGUGCCGCUGCUCCCCGACGCAAAAAGCAGAUAUCGCCCACUUGAUCCGCGACUUCACCAAAAAACGCAUCUGCUGCAUCGGUGAUGGCGGUAACGACGUCAGCAUGAUCCAAGCUGCCGACGUGGGAGUUGGCAUCGUGGGCAAGGAAGGACGACAGGCUUCCCUCGCUGCCGACUUCUCAAUAACGCAAUUCUGCCACCUCACCAAGCUGCUCGUUUGGCACGGCCGCAAUAGCUACAAACGCUCUGCUAAAUUGGCGCAAUUCGUCAUUCACAGAGGUCUCAUCAUCAGUGUGUGCCAGACUAUGUACAGCAUCGCCAUCAAAUUUGAGCCUGAAGGCCUAUACAAAGACUGGCUCCUCGUUGGCUACGCAACCCUUUACACCAUGGCUCCGGUGUUCUCCCUCGUGUUGGACAAAGACGUCGACGAGAACCUCGCGAACCUCUACCCAGAACUCUACAAGGAGCUCACUACGGGCUCCUCGCUAUCCUACCGCACAUUCUUCGUCUGGGUGUUCGUCAGUAUCUACCAAGGCGGCAUGAUCCAAGGCCUUUCUCAAAUCUUGACGGAGGUUGAUGGCCCCCGGAUGGUGAGUGUGAGUUUCACGGUACUGAUUGUGAACGAGCUGUGCAUGGUGGCGUUUGAGAUCACGACGUGGCACCCGAUCAUGAUAGCGUGUUUGGUCGGUACAGCGCUCUUGUAUCUGGGCAGUAUUCCGUUUCUAGGGGGCUACUUUGAUCUGGGGUUUAUCGUUACACUCGGCUUCGUCUGGCGCGUGCUUGCUAUCUCGGCCAUCUCGCUCAUCCCGCCUUACGCUGGUAAACUCAUUAGGCGCGCAAUCAAACCGCCUAGUUACCGCAAGGUGCAGGGGAUUUGA